UCUGCGGUUCACUAGUGUGCUACAAUGCAGGCGAACCCUGGCACCACUAUAGAUGCAUCCUUCUGUGGUAGAGCUGCAGAUGCAAGCAUCACAUGUAGACUGCACUUGGCCCCAUGCAUGAAAUAUGUUGCAUUUGAAGGAAAGGACACUGGGAGGAGGUUCUAUGGAUGUGCUGUUCCUCAGGAUGGUAUUGACUGUGGAGUUGCUCAGUGGGUUGAUGCCCCAUGGCCUUCUAUUCUGCAAAGAUGUUUGGAGAAGAUAUGGGAGAUGUUUCAUGAGGAGAAUCAUGGCAGAAUGAUUGACCAUGAGAAGUAUAAGAAAGAGUUGGACAAGGUCAACAAGCAGUUGGAUACACUUGGGGAUCAGUACAGUCAGCUGGUUGAGGAUGUCACCAAGAUCUUUGAUUGGGCAGAUCAGAACAACAGGGUCAUGAGUGACGAAAAGUUCAAGCAGAAGCAGAUGGAUGUGGACAAGGACAUGGAGAAGCUAGCUAUCAGCAAGGAGAAGCAGAGUGCUGACUUUGGCAAGAUGAAGGAGAUGGAGAAGCUGGCUCAGGAGCUGAAGGAGAUGAAGUGCAUUCUUAGGUCUCAGGGGGAGAGAUCAUUAGGAACACAAGGAAGGAGAGGGAUGAGAUGA